CUAUAAGUACACCAUUUAUUACUGUUUACAAGUAAAGCUAUAUUAUAGCUAAAACAUUGCAAUACACGUGAACAUUUUAUAAGUCUAUAAUGGAAAGACAACAAAAUUCAGAGACAAAAGUUGAACAUUUGGAAAAUUCAUCUGAUAAAAUAGACAAAUUCAAAAGCCUGGAUAAAGGAUGGUCUUGGGUUAUAAUGGUCGCCAGUUUCGGUGCAUUUUGUCUAAUUGGUGCAAAUAUGUAUGGUGCAGGAAUAAUGCAAGCUACCCUUCUCAAGAGGUAUAGAUCAAGUGUGUCCCUUACAGCAUGGGCAGGAUCGUUGCAGCCAGCUUUCAUGUCUCUCGGAGGUUGCGGUGCUGGUGUUGGAUAUACAGCAAGCACGGUUGUCAUGGAAUUCAAUUUCAAACGAAGACGCCUCAUUGCUUUAGGUUUUGCUGUUUCUGGAAUGGGUGCCGGUAUAUUUGCGCUCUCACACCUGAUGCAGCUGGCUCGUAAUUACUAUGGAUCUACAGGGUUUUUUAUUAUACAGGCCACAAUAUCUCUGAACAUUGUAACGUUUGGAGCGAUGUUUUUUCCAAGUCAGCUGGAACUACAUACACAAGAAAUGCGCAAAUGUAACAAAGAUAAUGCAAGGUUCGAUAAAGCAAAAUCAAAUUCCGGCGGAGGCUUUACGCAGUAUUUCAAAGCUUUAGUUAACAAACAAAUAGCUCUCUUGAGUGUUGGUAUGUUUUUGAACUGCGUCGGGUCACAUAUAGUCUAUUUGCAUAUGCCGGUAUAUAUUGUGUCGACAGGGUUCACGGCAUCUCAGGCUGCAUGAAUGGUAUCAGUGGCAGGUAUAUUAUCUGUCGUUGGCCGUAUAAUAACCGGAUUCGCUGCAAAUCUGAGUAUGUUCAAAGAAAUUUGGUUAUACGCAGGUACAUUGGGCGUCGUUUCAAUUGGCACAAUUGUGUACCCGCACAUAUCAUAAACAUAAGCAGGGCAUAUCGUCUUUGCGACAGUCUUUGGUUUGUUUUUCGGCAGCUGCUAUGUACUAAUGACGGCAGUAAAUAUACGUACUGUUGGUAUCAAGUUUGUGUCUGCAGCAGUAGGAAUUGAGCUUUUCUUUGGCGGAAUUGAUGCAGUUUUAGGACCAGUAAUUGCUGGUGUUUUGGUGGACAAUGGCGGUACAUAUGAACAAUCGUUCACUUUUGCAGGUGUUUGUAUCUUCCUAGCGGCAGUUUUAAGCAUACUAACAGUGUGUCAUGAUGUUCCUGGAAAAGAAUGUGAAAAUCAGAAUGCAGACAAAGACAGUAAACCUGUGCAGCUUAUAUCAGUCACUUCAUUGUCUAUGUAAAACAUGAUAUCUGUUAUAUCGUGAAUUCAUUGCUAUUUUCCUGGAUACUGGAUAUUAACAGUAACGUAUAUAACAGUAUACUAAAGGGAGAAGAACUUUAUAAGUUCUUUUUUGUUCUAAUCACUUUCGUACCUGUAAUAUGUUUUACUAUUUUUGAAAUGUGAUUGUAAUUAGGCCGGUUAUAUUAAAAUAAAAAUGUCAGAACGUUAAACUGAUUCCAACAUAGGGUUUCAUUCAUGAUUUACAAUCUUUAGUUACUUAUGCAAUACAGGGGGAAAAGUCCUCAAAAGAAACCUAAACCAAGCUGUAAAACUAAGGGCAGUUUCCUUUUAAUUAAACAAAAUAUUGCAAUUACUUCAAAUAAAAUCAAUUUAACGAAAAAUUAGUAUCAUUGCUCUAUUUACAAAUGUAUAUGCAUGUAUUACAUAUUAACACAUUACAAAGCAAUUCGAGAAGAUUUUCUAAAUAGUUGCUGUAACUGUUAAUGUAUUGUAGCAAAUGUUGAUGUUAUCAAGUACCCAACCAAUCUGCAGUAACAUUGGGAAUACUCUUUUCUUUACAAAUCCUUUAUAAAUGUUUUUUUUUUCUUGUUUCUGACUUUGAGAUACAGUUGUUUGAUGUUCAACUCCUUUUAACUCCAAUGCCGACGAGUUUGUUUAAAAACACAUAUGGAAAUUCUAUGUUCUGAAUUUUGACACCCAGUCGCUUUGUGACGAUGAUGAUAAAAUACUAAACGGAACCUACCAGUACUUGCUAGAAAUCUAAACAUUUCUUUUUAUUCUGAUAUUUAAAAGAAACAUUUAUGCUAUAGUGUACUAGUAAUAGAAUAAUACAGCGUAUGAUCAACAGUAACUAGAGACAGAAUUCCAGAUGCAAUAUCUCAAAAAUGUGGAAUAAUAUUUUUAAGGUCUUUUGUUUUGUGUUUCGUUUCCUUACAUAUUAAUUCCACACCAAAACGUUUAUGUUGGAAUUAGUUCAACAUCAAAAGUCAAAAUGACCAGCCUAAAUGCAAUUUUCGAAGUAAAUAUAUGUUAACUAACGGUAACAUACUUAUUAACAAAUUUUAUCUUUAUUGCAGAUUUUUAUACUGAAAAAGUUUUCUUCUGCUUAUGCUCUAUGCUAAUUUAAUCUCGCCGUCAUUUAUUCAAUAUUGACACUAAAGCAUAUGUUGCUUGUUGUUUGUUUCGCAAUAUAGGACAUGGUAUUAAACCAGACUACCGUUAUCUAAAAGUGACAGAAGUGAAAAGAGCUGUCGGCGUUUACGUGGUGGUACUAUCGCAUUUGUGUAACAAUGCGACGCUUCAAUAUAGGGAAGAGUUUGUUUGUUUGCUAAUUCCUAUAUCAGAAACACUAAAGAUUAAAAAGCAGGGCGCAUAAUAUAGACCUUGUUGCAUGUGACUGAUGCAGAUUUUAUCAAACGUUUCGAAACUCGGCUUCCCGAUCUUUGAGCAAAUUCUAUUUGCUGAUCAACCUUAAUAUAUAUAACUUUUUUGCAGAUAGGUUAAGUGCGAUGUUUCCUUUGUUUAGGCUACUAUCCGUUCCAAGGUUGUGUCCGUAUUAUAUGUUACGUGUAUUGUCUUAUAUGUUGAUGGUGCUAAUUUUCUUUUUUGCCACCCCUGCACCCACCUUUUACGCUCCCUCUCCUGUCUACUAUGAGCGAGGUUAACUACCCACCAUAAACUGACUAGAGCUCCCUUAUGAGAAACUGCACAUAAUAUGACGUAAAUGUGAUAUUUAACUACUUUGUAAGAACAAAUAUUAUAAAAUCAGAAGUUUCUCAUAUAAUUUCAAGAAGAAUCGCUUUUUUUUCUCUCUCUCUCUCUCUCUCUCUCUUUCUCUCUCUCUUUCUUUUCACAAGUUAAAAACGAAAGGGCUGGGUCCUCUUCACAAUUCAUUGUGGUUCGAAUGUCACUGGAAUAACACAAUUUUAUUUUUUCCGUUUUCAAAGCGUUUCAUUAUAUGUAUAUUAUUU